CCGGGCCGGAGGGAAGCGGCGGUGGCUCCGCGGACGCAGUGGAGCCGGCGCGGCGCGGGGCGCGGGGCGCGGGGAGCGGCGGCCUCGGGCUGCGGAGCGGCGGCGCGGCGCGGGGCCCUCGCAAGCACGAUGAGGACCUAGGCCAUCUGCCUGCCGAGUGUUCCCUGGGCCUGUUGUGACCAUGGCCCCCCGCAAGAGGAGCCGCCAUGGCCUGGGCUUCCUGUGCUGCUUUGGGGGCAGCGACCUCCCCGAGAUCAACCUCCGGGACAACCACCCCUUGCAAUACAUGGAGUUCUCCAGUCCUAUCCCGAACCCAGAAGAGCUUAACGUCCGCUUCGCAGAGCUGGUGGAUGAAUUGGAUCUCACUGACAAAAACCGGGAAGCUGUGUUUGCGCUGCCCCCUGAGAAGAAAUGGCAGAUCUACUGCAGCAAGAAGAAGGAGCAGGAGGACCCCAACAAGCUGGCGACCAGCUGGCCUGAUUACUACAUCGACCGCAUCAACUCCAUGGCUGCAAUGCAGAGUCUGUACGCCUUUGAUGAGGAGGAGACAGAGAUAAGGAACCAAGUGGUGGAAGACCUGAAGACGGCCCUGCGGACACAGCCCAUGAGGUUUGUGACCCGCUUCAUUGAGCUGGAGGGCUUGACCUGUCUGCUGAAUUUCCUCCGGAGCAUGGACCACGCCACCUGUGAAAGCCGCAUCCACACCUCGUUGAUUGGCUGCAUCAAGGCUCUGAUGAACAACUCCCAGGGGCGGGCGCACGUGCUGGCCCAGCCAGAGGCUAUCAGCACCAUUGCACAGAGCCUGCGCACAGAAAACAGCAAGACCAAAGUGGCUGUGCUGGAGAUCCUGGGCGCUGUGUGCCUUGUACCUGGUGGCCACAAGAAAGUGCUUCAGGCCAUGCUCCACUACCAGGUGUAUGCGGCAGAGCGCACGCGCUUCCAGACACUGCUGAAUGAGCUAGACCGAAGUUUGGGCCGCUACCGGGAUGAAGUGAAUCUGAAAACAGCCAUCAUGUCUUUUAUCAAUGCUGUCCUCAAUGCUGGAGCUGGAGAGGAUAAUCUGGAGUUCCGCCUACAUCUACGGUAUGAGUUCCUAAUGUUGGGGAUCCAGCCUGUGAUUGACAAGCUCCGGCAGCAUGAGAACGCCAUCCUAGACAAACAUCUAGACUUCUUCGAGAUGGUCCGGAAUGAGGAUGACCUGGAGCUAGCCAGGAGGUUCGACAUGGUCCAUAUUGACACCAAAAGUGCUUCCCAGAUGUUUGAGCUGAUCCACAAGAAGCUGAAGCACACCGAGGCCUACCCGUGCCUGCUGUCUGUGUUGCACCACUGCCUGCAAAUGCCCUACAAGCGGAAUGGUGGCUACUUCCAGCAGUGGCAGCUCCUAGACCGCAUCCUUCAGCAGAUUGUCCUCCAGGAUGAAAGGGGUGUGGAUCCUGACCUGGCUCCCUUGGAGAACUUCAACGUGAAGAAUAUCGUCAACAUGCUCAUCAAUGAGAACGAAGUGAAGCAGUGGCGAGACCAAGCCGAGAAGUUCCGGAAAGAACACACAGAGCUGGUGAGCAGGCUGGAGAGGAAGGAGCGGGAAUGUGAGACGAAGACGCUGGAGAAGGAAGAGAUGAUGCGCACACUGAACAAGAUGAAGGACAAGCUGGCCCGGGAGUCCCAGGAGCUGCGCCACGCUCGGGGACAAGUGGCGGAGCUGGCAGCCCAACUCAGUGAGAUCUCGACAGGACCUGUAUCUUCCCUACUCCCCCCUGGAGCCCCCCUUACCUUGUCUUCCUCUAUGACAACCAGUGCCCUGCCUCCACCCCCACCCCCUCUGCCGUUCGCUUGCUGCCCCCCACCGCCACCACCACCCCUUCCACCCGGUGGGCCUCCAACUCCUCCCGGUGCCCCACCUUGCUUUGGCAUGGGCCUGCCCCUCCCUCCGGAGCCCUUCCCCAGCAGUGAUACCCCACUCAGGAAGAAGUGUGUCCCCCAGCCUUCCCAUCCACUGAAGUCCUUCAACUGGGUCAAGCUGAAUGAGGUGAGUAGCAAGGAGGAGAUCAGUAGGUCCAUCCUCCUACGGUGGUCCCCGGCCCAUGGACUGGCUAACAAGCGGAAUGGUGGCUACUUCCAGCAGUGGCAGCUCCUAGACCGCAUCCUUCAGCAGAUUGUCCUCCAGGAUGAAAGGGGUGUGGAUCCUGACCUGGCUCCCUUGGAGAACUUCAACGUGAAGAAUAUCGUCAACAUGCUCAUCAAUGAGAACGAAGUGAAGCAGUGGCGAGACCAAGCCGAGAAGUUCCGGAAAGAACACACAGAGCUGGUGAGCAGGCUGGAGAGGAAGGAGCGGGAAUGUGAGACGAAGACGCUGGAGAAGGAAGAGAUGAUGCGCACACUGAACAAGAUGAAGGACAAGCUGGCCCGGGAGUCCCAGGAGCUGCGCCACGCUCGGGGACAAGUGGCGGAGCUGGCAGCCCAACUCAGUGAGAUCUCGACAGGACCUGUAUCUUCCCUACUCCCCCCUGGAGCCCCCCUUACCUUGUCUUCCUCUAUGACAACCAGUGCCCUGCCUCCACCCCCACCCCCUCUGCCGUUCGCUUGCUGCCCCCCACCGCCACCACCACCCCUUCCACCCGGUGGGCCUCCAACUCCUCCCGGUGCCCCACCUUGCUUUGGCAUGGGCCUGCCCCUCCCUCCGGAGCCCUUCCCCAGCAGUGAUACCCCACUCAGGAAGAAGUGUGUCCCCCAGCCUUCCCAUCCACUGAAGUCCUUCAACUGGGUCAAGCUGAAUGAGAUUUCCUCCCUGGGUUCAUUCUUUGGCAGGUUGAAGCUUUCUAACGAGGAGAUCCGGCAGGCCAUCUUGAAGAUGGAUGAGCAGGAGGACCUUGCUAAGGACAUGCUGGAGCAGCUCCUCAAGUUCAUCCCAGAGAAGAGCGACGUUGACCUCCUGGAGGAGCACAAGCAUGAGAUUGAGCGGAUGGCCCGCGCUGACCGCUUCCUCUACGAAAUGAGCAGGAUCGACCACUACCAGCAGCGGCUGCAGGCCCUGUUCUUCAAGAAGAAGUUCCAGGAGCGGCUGACUGAGGCCAAGCCCAAAGUGGAAGCCAUCCUGCUGGCCUCCCGGGAGCUGAUCCGCAGCAAGCGACUAAUGCAGAUGCUAGAGGUCGUCCUGGCCAUUGGCAACUUCAUGAACAAAGGGCAGCGUGGGGGCGCCUAUGGGUUCCGGGUGGCCAGUCUCAACAAGAUUGCUGACACCAAGUCCAGCAUUGACAGAAACAUCUCCCUGCUCCAUUACCUUAUCAUGAUCCUGGAGAAGCAUUUCCCUGACCUCCUGAAUAUGCCCUCAGAGCUGCAGCAUCUCCCGGAAGCCGCUAAAGUCAACCUGGCAGAGCUGGAGAAAGAGGUGGGCAACCUCAGGAGGGGCCUCAGAGCAGUCGAGGUGGAGCUGGAAUACCAGAGGCGCCAGGUGCGGGAGCCGAAUGACAAGUUUGUCCCCGUCAUGAGUGAUUUCAUCACAGUGUCCAGCUUUAGCUUCUCAGAGUUGGAGGACCAGCUCAGUGAGGCCAAGGACAAGUUCUCCAAGGCCCUCAUGCACUUUGGGGAGCAUGACAGCAAGAUGCAGCCAGAUGAAUUCUUUGGCAUCUUUGACACCUUCCUGCAGGCCUUUUCGGAGGCCAGGCAGGACCUGGAGGCCAUGAGGAGGAGGAAGGAGGAGGAGGAGCGGCGGGCACGCAUGGAAGCCAUGCUGAAGGAGCAGCGAGAGCGGGAACGGUGGCAGCGACAGCGGCAGGUCCCGGCGGGCAGCACGCUGGAGGAAGGAGGCGAGUUCGAUGACUUGGUGUCAGCCCUGCGCUCCGGGGAAGUCUUUGACAAGGACUUGUGCAAACUCAGGCGCAGCCGCAAGCGGUCAGGGAGCCAAGCCCUGGAAGCUACCCGGGAGCGGGCAAUAAGCAGGCUAAAUUAUUGACCUGGGGACUGGCCACAGCAGGAGGCUGGGGGACAGGGAUGGAGCAAGAGGGGCUGAGUGGAGGCAUGUGAUCCUGAAACCAUCUGGGGCUCGUUUAGAGCCCUGGGAGGGUCCUGGGCCGGGGCUGUGCGUGGCAGGACCAGGGGUCUCCGCACACUUGACCUGAAGGGGCUCCUCUCCUCCUCUUCCAUGAUUCUUUCUGCAUCCUGCCCCCCCUGGGGUCACUCUCUAAGGCUGGACGUCCCUAGCAGGUUUCCCACCCCCAGCACAGGCACCUCCAUGUGGGCACAGAACUGUUCCACAUGUAGGCUGGACAGGCGCACAGACCCGUCAAACUGCGUGUGCGGAGGGGAGGAGCGGCAGGUGGCCCCGAGGGCCAGGGUGAGAAUCCAGGCUCCAAACUCUCAAGAGCUGGCUUAACCGAACAUUGAUCUGGGGGCAGACUUUCCUCUUGGAUGGAAAAGGAAGAGGUAUUAUAUAUUCUAGCUAGGUACGUUCCAGAAAAAAAAAAUGCUGGGAGGAUGAUGCAGGGACAGAGUCAUCAGACAGGCAACAGUGUCUGGUCCUUACAUCACAAGUCCUUUGUCCCCUCUCUUGCAUUAAGUCUUCCCCCUUUCCUUCCUUCUGCCACCUCCAUCCUGUUUACUAACCCAGAAUCCCAGAAAAACUUACCUUUGGGUUCCCACGACUAUGGCUUACUAUCAGGUAUUUGAUGAAUCCAGUAAGAGAAGGGAUUUGAGAAAGAUCCCACUCAUGACACCUUGUGCCUUGGCUGUAGGGACCCUGGAACUCCCCCUCCUGCCCCCCACCUCCCUUGUACAGCUGGAUAGGUGUCUUGAAGUGAGAAGGUGACCUCACAUGUCGAUUAGGAGUUUCUGAUAGCCCAUCACCAGAGGGCAGCACUUGAACGUCUAGCGACACCCUAGCGCUCCCUUGCCUACCAUUCAGUGCUUCUCAGACCCCAAAUUUUCUCUAACAUCUGCCUCAGGGCACAAGCCGCAGUGACCUCCCACUCCAUCCAGCCUGCAGGCGACUACCUCGCCUCGCCUCGCCACAUGUGUGUGGCUGAGGCUGGCCCUGGGGUGUUAGUUCCUGAGAGGCUCCUGAGGACCAGAGCUGCCCUCGGCAUCUUCACACCUUCCCUCAGGGCGCCUCCUCCUGAGGUUUUCAGACUUGGGGCCAGAGCAGGCAGGCGAGCUGGGGAGAUGGCGGACGGAGGAGGAAGGCCAGCUUCCGGGGAGUGCACUGCCUGAAGGAGCCAAGGGGUGGGAGACAGGGGCUUCCUACCCCAUCUCCGGUCCCCAGGUUGGUUCUCCGGCCUGACUUCCAAGGGGCCCGUACCCCCCUCCCACCUCCUCUCACCUUCCAUCCGGCCCAUCGUGAGCUGUCCUUCAGGGUUGGAAUGAUGGUUGUGUCUAAACAAAAUUUUCUCUCUUCUACAAGAAGGAAGGUGAGGUCAACUCCAUCGAGGAUCUUAUUUUUACUACAUUCCCUCCCCCUGGAGUUGACCUUUCUUCCUGUGCCUGAGCCCAGCCUACAGACCCUUCAUCAGUCAGCUCCGUAACCUUCGCUUUAUGUCUCGCCUUCCAACCUGCUCCUCUGGCUCAGGGCUGUUGCCAGCGGACAGACUGGUGGGCUGGGCCCACCCUUCAGCUGCCCUUCUAUCUUUUCCCUACAUCAGACUCCUGGGGAUGGGGCCAUAGCCGCUGCAGGGGAAGGAACCCAGGGUUGGUGAGCCCAGCAUGUGUGUUGGUUUGGGGGGAGGGAUUUGAGCAAAGGCAAGUCUGGCCAGGAUGGGUGUGAAGAGGCUGUCCUGGAGUCCAGGCAAGGGCAAAACGAAGGCUUCCAGGAAGGGCAGGUGCAGAGAGCUUUCUUAUACCCAAGAGCCCCUGCAUUGAGAAGCUGGUGCUGGGAAGGACAGGAGGGUUAUGGAUGGCAUCUCCGAAGGCCCUCCCCAAGCUGCCAGAAUGAGGCCAAAAUAACCUGCAGGGCCAGGGAACAGGGGAGGGUCCACUUCUGUCUAGCAAGUAUGUCCAAACCCGGGCAUUCCCACCCACCAGGAAGACAGGAUUACGCACCAGGGAAGACAAGAAACACGGAAGCUGUUCAAGGCACUUUGGCUCUGCAGAAAAGCAGUCUGGCUAACUGUUUACAGAGGGCACAUGCAGUGUUCCCGGGCUCAGGCAUCUCACCCCAGAUUUUUCCUUCUCUAUUUAUUAUUUUCUAGCUCUGGCCAGUGGCUUUGGUACCAGAUGCCACUGUCGCCAGAUCUGUAACAGUGCCUUGGACCAUGGACCAUCACGGCUGACUCAGCACACCGGGGCUGGUGCCCCCAGGGAGAUGGCUGAGUUGGUCUUUGAUGCUAAAUGUUUACACCUAUUAUAUUUGCUCCUCGGUCUUUCCCCAGUGCCCUGCCCACCCCUCCUGCCACCUUUGGGUAGAUUUCAGCUAAUUUUGUGUCCAACAUAAAAUUCAGUUACCUACUGCAACCCGGCGCUGUCUCAGCAGCAGCACCCAUUCCUCCUCCUGUGCCGGAAGUCAGGGGUGUUUAGGGCAGCAGGACGAGAGGAUUCUCCAGGUGGAUGGCGAAGAGUCUGGCCCAGGCUCUCCCCACCCCCACCCCAUUUCCAUGAACUGGGGCACCGUGACCAUCUCCCCCACCUCCAGCGGGGACACCUUCACGCCAAGGCUGCUCUCACCAGCUGUCUCAGACAACAAAUGAGGCUCAUGUACAAAAUCUACAGCAUCCUUUUUACCUGCACCUUUUUUAUAAGAAUAUAUUGUAAUACUAAAAAAUAUUAAACCCGUAUCAU